AUGUCAAGCCGCCCACUACCGUCGUCAAGCGUUCUGCUAGGAGAAGUCAAGGCCACUGUCUUGCGCAAGUACAAGAAGAGCGCGUCGGUCUUUCUAGAGGACGCCGCUCUUGACAUGAUGCUUACCGAACAUCCCGGUGACAUCCAACGCUACGCCGGAUUCUACAACAUGGCUGCAGCAUUUCGACCUAUUGAAGGGUCCAUCGGCGCACCCAUCAUUAUCGCUACGGAACCGGUGGCAGCUAUCUCAAAGAAGACGCAGAAGAAGACGUCUGCCAUUCAACCUGGGGAGAACAUCAAGACGCGGCUUCGACGCGUAUACAAUGAGCGCAAAGAGGCAAAGAAGUUGGACAGCUGGCGGGAGCUGAAGGCUACAGUAGAGGCCACUGCGACAUGCGAGUUGCCUGCCCACGUCUCUACUACCCAGUUACACUUCUGGAACGCCGUCUUCUUGGACAUUCUUCCCUGCCUACCAGCGUCCGAACGCGCCGCUCGCCUCCUGGCCCUCGAGAGUCGCGACAUCACCGAUGAACAGCCCAAGCCGUGGUCUGAUAUCUGGCAGACAUACCAGUAUGUCCGUGACUUCGACAAGGUUGAGACGACGGGAUGGGAUAAAAUACUGCGCGACUUGUCCGAGAACUACCAAGACUUUUCCGAGAAACUGAUAGACCUUGACAUGGCCACGCGUAUGGUUCUGGGUCUGCCAGUCAUACUGCCGCCAGUCCGCGAACAGAACACGUCGGUGCUGACCGAGUCCACUGCUUCCAAGCCAUCGACUCCUCACACUCCGGUACUCGAAACUGGCGCUCGUCGUCCCAAGCUCCUCCCAAAGUCUCAGACUACGCGGAAGAACUUUGGACUGGCUUACUUGGAUGAGAAGGCUAAUAUAGCUCCUGAGGUUGCUGCACCGCCGGCAGCUCCAAUUCCUACCGAUACCAAUAUCUUCUGGCUUCCUACGGUAGUGCCACAGGAGGAACGUCCACCGUUCGGUGGCUUUACGCUCACUACUCCAGCUUCGAAGACCGCCAAUGCCCAUCCCAUGUCCGCGCCGCUACAGCCUGCUCCAGCUAUGCAGUUCCCUGACACACCUAGCUUCAACUUCGGUCUCGCUAAGAGUACAUUUGACGCACCACCUACAGCACGCGCUCCGCAGUUCAAUGGAGGCGCUGGCUUCGGGAGGGAUUUCACACCUCGGACGCCCAAGUCGUCUUCGGCUGAGCAAAUUACACAGCUCGUUGCACCCAUUGUCGAAAAGACAAAGUCUCUCUCCGUUGUGUUCGGUGCUCCAAGCAUUGGCACUGACUUAUUAUCACCAGCGCAACUGAACCUUUUCGCCCAUCUUGACGAGCCGACUGCUGACUUGGAAACUGAUGACGGAAACGAGGAGAAGUAUACGUGUGAGAUCCGAACAGUUAUCAAAGAGAAGUCCAUGGGCCGGGGUUACGAGCCUGUUCUGGACGUAAUCGUCGAAGAGCCCGAGGAGGGCGAUAUGGAGCGGAAUUUCGACAACGAUCACGAAAACAACGACUACCCUAGCAUAUCAGUGGCCUCUUCAUGUUGGUUAAAAACGGAAGAUGACUUCAAGUACAUGAGAGAUGCAAUGUCUCUCUUCCGUGAGAGUAAGUCGCGAACCUACACCGUUGGGGAGUUUAUAGUCGACUACAUUAUCACACGAAGCCUAGAUCACCCGGAAGAAGAAUUGGUUCCUAGAGUCACUGAAUUCUUAAACACUCUGCCCUUCGACCACAGAUCUUUCGUUCAGACUCGAGAUGAGAAUGGGGUUGAAGUAGCUGCGAGCUUUGAGGAGGCAUUAGAAUUCUUCGAGCCGCAUCUAGUAGCUCAUUUCACGGUAGCAGAUACAGAUGAAGCCUCUCAUUCAAUUGGCCUGUCCGUAGGGAACCUAGAAGACGCCGAGGCUAUCACAACUGUACUGAGCGAGCCCAUCAUGAUAGUCGUUGCUGAACGCCAAUCCAUGUACGAGGACGACGAAAGUUACAACUACAUCAACGGCUACGAAUACCUGGCCCAGUUCGACUGCAGCGACCACGAUUCACAAGCUGAUGAUGGCGCGGAUAUCGACCGGCCAGAUGCUCUCGACGAAUUCAUGCCAGACACCCGGUGCAAGUCACCAUCUCCCGAGUAUGAAGCCGACCUCGCGGACAGCAAUUCCGCGUCCACUGUCACACUUACUCCCUCUUUGACGCACUCGCCUUUCUCCGAAGCCGAACUUGCGAUCGACACUGAGAUGGCAGAAGAGUACAUGCUCGAUGGAUACGGCCGCCCACUCGAGCUGACCGGGAUGCCUCAAAAUGACAAGAAGUUCUUGGACGCGGUACAUACGAAGAUCGUCGCAGAGACCGACCAGUAUGAGUUCGAUUGGGCUGAGGUAGACUAUCUUUUGGGCCCUCAAGAUGAGGAAGAUGACGACGACGACUACGAUGUACCUACGGUCGAUGAUGACGGGAAGCUCAUUAAGCUCGAACUGGCCAUGGAGCCUCUAGAAGGCGGCUGGGCUCACUGUAUUCUCAAACAGGUCUUCCCAGACUUCGAGCAGGCUGAGGCCAAGCUUUCUGAUGUCGCGCCACAACUCCAGGUAGAGGUUGAUCAGACAUCCUUUUCGAAUAUGUUCGACUUCGGAUUCUUGUCUGAAUCAAUCGAUUUGCUGCAACACACUUCGAUCGAGGCGGCGAAGUUGGCAGGCGCGCCGCUAGUCGACACUUUGAUACCCAUCUUCACGUCUAAAUUCGUCGACUAUGAUCGGCUCUUGCAUGAGCUAUAUCUACAGGCUGCAGCAGUUGGCACUGGUGCGGAAGACCAGAAGGCCGACUACCGUCUACCUAGUCCUGCCGUACGUACUGCCCAGUCAAAAGCUGUGCCUACGGAAAAUUCAGAACCACUCGAUGGUAUCGGAACUGGCAGUUCUGCUCAUAUUAACUUGGCUGCGGUUCGACUAAUGACGUUCAAUAAGCGCGACCCAGUCCGUCACAUACCGCACUCUGACCUAGCGGUAUAUGACUGGCUCAAGUCUCAACCAGAUAACAGCCUGGCAAACAUCAGCACGAACGAGCCGGGCGAGCCCGCACCCUUUGACGUGAUCAAGCUUUGA